GGAGUCGGAGCGCAGCCUCGUCCCACGAGAUGACUCAGUGGUAUCAGCUACAGCAACUUGAUUCCAAGUUUUUGGAGCAAGUUCACCAGCUAUACGAUGACAGCUUUCCUAUGGAGAUCAGGCAGUACCUGGCACAGUGGCUGGAAAACCAGGAUUGGGAACAUGCAGCCAACAACGUAUCUUUUGCUACGGUGUUAUUCCAUGACCUGCUGUCACAGCUUGAUGAUCAAUUUAGUAGAUUUUUGAUAGAAAACAACUUUUUGCUGCAACACAACAUAAGGAAAAGCAAACGUAAUCUUCAGGAUAACUUCCAAGAAGACCCAAUACACAUGGCAAUGAUCAUCUACAACUGUCUGAAAGAAGAGAGGAAAAUACUGAACAGCGCCCAGUUGUCAAAUCAGAUGGAAGUGGGGAACAUACAGAACACUGUGUUUGGGAUGCUGGACAAGCAGAAGGAGCUUGAUGCGAAAGUUAAGGCUGUGAAAAACAGUGUUAUAGACGUGGAGCAAGACAUCAAGACAUUAGAGGAUAUGCAAGACGAAUACGACUUUAAAUGUAAAACCUUGCAGAAUAGAGAGCAUGAGUCCAAUGGUGUGUCACAGGAGGAAUAUAAGAAAGAACAGAUGAAUCUCAAGAAGAUGUUUUUAUCACUUGACCUCAAGAGAAAGGAAGUGGUGAACAAGAUAGUACAGCUGCUGAACACCACAGAGCACACUCAGAGCGCUCUUAUUAAUGACGAGCUGGUGGAGUGGAAACACAGGCAACAGACUGCAUGCAUUGGUGGCCCACCCAACGCCUGUCUUGACCAGCUACAGAACUGGUUCACCAUUGUUGCUGAAAGUCUACAGCAAGUUCGUCAGCAGCUCAAAAAGCUUGAGGAACUGGAACAGAAGUUUACCUAUGACCCUGAUCCCAUCACAAAAAAUAAACAAGUUCUGCAGGACCGAACAUACAGUCUUUUCAAACAACUCAUCCAGAGCUCCUUUGUGGUAGAGAGGCAGCCUUGCAUGCCAACACAUCCUCAGAGGCCAUUAGUCUUGAAGACAGGAGUACAGUUUACUGUAAAGCUGAGAUUGCUGGUGAAAUUGCAGGAAUUGAACUACAACUUGAAAGUGAAAGUUUUAUUUGAUAAAGAUGUAAGUGAGAAGAACUCAGUCAAAGGGUUCAGGAAAUUUAAUAUUUUGGGAACAAACACAAAAGUAAUGAACAUGGAGGAAUCUACUAAUGGAAGUCUAGCAGCAGAAUUCAGGCACUUGCAACUGAAAGAACAGAAAAAUGCAGGAAGCAGAACAAACGAGGGUCCUCUCAUUGUCACAGAAGAACUUCACUCUCUGAGUUUUGAGACACAGCUGUGCCAGCCUGGCUUGGUAGUAGAUCUAGAGACCACAUCCCUUCCCAUUGUUGUGAUCUCAAACGUGAGCCAGCUUCCAAGUGGAUGGGCUUCUAUCUUAUGGUUCAACAUGCUGUCUACUGAUCCCAAGAACUUGUCCUUCUUUCUGAAUCCACCUUAUGCAAAGUGGUCUAAACUUUCUGAAGUUCUGAGUUGGCAGUUUUCUUCUGUAACAAAGAGAGGACUUAAUGCAGAUCAGCUGAGCAUGCUGGGAGAGAAGCUACUUGGGCCAACAAGCGGAGGAUCUCACGAUGGCCUUAUUCCUUGGACAAGAUUCUGCAAGGAAAAUAUAAAUGAUAAAAAUUUCCCCUUUUGGCUGUGGAUUGAGGGAAUCCUGGAGCUUAUUAAGAAACACCUCCUGUGUCUCUGGAAUGACGGCUGCAUCAUGGGUUUCAUCAGUAAAGAGAAAGAGCGUGCUUUACUGAAGGACCAGAGUCCAGGAACAUUUUUAUUAAGAUUCAGUGAAAGCAGCAGAGAGGGAGCAAUCACAUUUACGUGGGUAGAAGGAUCUCAAAAUGAGCCCCAGUUCCAUUCGGUAGAACCAUACACCAAGAAGGAGCUCUCUGCUGUUACUUUCCCUGAUAUCAUUCGCAACUACAAAGUGAUGGCAGCUGAAAACAUUCCUGAAAAUCCACUGAGAUAUCUGUACCCAGAUAUACCUAAAGACAAUGCCUUUGGCAAAUACUACUCCAGGCCUAAGGAGGCACCAGAGCCUAUGGAUUUGGAUGGUCCCAAGGGAAAUGGCUACAUCAAGACUGAGUUAAUCUCUGUAUCUGAAGUCCACCCUUCCAGACUCCAGUCUCCAGAAAACCUGCUCCCCAUGUCUCCUGAAGAGUUUGAUGAGGUGUCUCGGAUGGUAGACCCAGCAGAGAUUGAUACUGUGAUGUGUUCAGCAUAUUCAACUUAAAGAUUGAGCCUUUUACUGCAUCAUCAACACAGCUGAUUAGCUUAUGCAUCCUGCUCUGCAGUCAAUGACUUGGUGACACGCUUCGAUCCUUUGGUUUCUCAACCUGAAGGUCCAGUAGCAAUUUUUAACUAAUAGGAAUAUAAACCACAGUCUGAGUAGCCCCCUUACAUGGACUUUUUUUGUUUAGAGGUUCUUUGUUAAAGAAUUGCCAGUUAGCGAGACAACCGUGCCGGAGUGGAGGAAAGGAGGAGGAUAGGAACGAGAGGUCCUCAGCAAGAGCAUUGGGGGAAACAUACAUUUUUUGUUUAAGGGGAUUAGUUAAACUUAACAUUUAAAACAGUUGGCUGUACAUAGAAGGCUUCAAAGCUAGUUCUUUUGCAGAGGUUCUGUUCAGAAAGCUUGCACCUUCUGCGUAACUACUUCUGAAGAACUUUCACAGCUUUGAAUUCUCAUCUGCCUCACAGAAAGGAGUAAGAGAAAGACUCUGCAGGUAUAUGCCACACUGAACCCAUGUGCUGCUGAAGUUUGUCCUGGUUUUAUCUUUUCUAAGGGCAUGGAAUACUGAGAGAACAUAAGCCUAAAAUGUUAUCUGCGUUUCAUUUUUGCUGCUUUCUUAAGGCAAGGUCUUCUUGUGUAGGAUCUUUAGCACAAUCUUUAUGAGAAAGAGCACUUCUUAGGACACCACCUUAAAGCUGCAUUGGCACAUGCUGAGCUUGCAACUUGCUGUGCACAAUCAAGACUAAAGCCUCUACAGACUGCAGUCAUGCUGUCUAGUAGCAGUAUCAGACAAAACGAGAACCUAUUCUUAAAAGAGUGCAAAAGUGGUUGGAGUAUGUUUUUACUCACUGUGCUUAAUCUACCAAGGUGAGGACCUGGUCACUCGUAUCUUUUACGAUACAUGCCCCACUUAGGUUGUAACAGGUGGAAUGGAACUGAAUUUUCUCAUGCAGUAUGAACGAGGGCAUUUAUUUAACUGUUGAUUUGAAUAGCUAGAAGACCCUCCAGGCUUUGAUAAUGAAGUAGUUUUGCAGUUAGGGAUAAAGCACAGGAAAGUGAUAAAGUUGUACUGGGUAACAGUUGCAGGAUAUGCCAUCUUUAGUACUUAAAGGAUGAAGCUGUGCUUCCACCAGAGGAGGAACACAUUUGUGUUUCUCAGCAUGUUUGAUGAUAAUUAACAACUCACAGUUAAGAGGGAAGGUUGUCUUAAGCAACUCAUCUCUUAGACUACGGGCAUGUAUUAGUCCAGACUGCAAAUUAGCAGGCAGCUGAGUAGAGGGACUGCGAAACAGUCGUGCUGGAUCCCCCAUGUUCAGGUACAGGACCUGGGCAGCCUGCUCUAGGUGCCCCUGCUUGAGCAGGGGGUCGGACAAGAUGACCUCCAGAGGCCCCUCCAACCUCCACCCAUCUGUGACGGACACAGUUGCUACUGCAGCUUCUCAACCCACUGCUACCUGUUCCCAGUGCUGGGAGGGCAGCAGUGGCCAGUGUGACUCAGGGAUUGCAGAGCUACUUCUCUACCAUCCAGAAAUGCCAGAUUGAUCAGCUGUUGCUUAGAAAAUAAACGGCUGCUUCAGUAUCGUGUGCCCAGGAAGACUGAUGUGCCCCCUGCAAAAGCUCGAGAGAAAGAAAAUUUAAAGAACCUAGUAUUUAAAUGGAAAGCAUUGCUAAACUGACUUACUUUUGGUGCCCUGGGUUAGUGAGGUUAACAGUGCUACAGAAUAUCACCACUGGUGACUUAAUGCUUUUAUUAUUAUAACUAGCUGAAUGUGUAUCUUUACUGUAAUUUGUUUCUUGAGCUACACCUUGUACUUACGGUCUAUAUGUGGCAGUUUGUUUUCAUUCCUUGUAUACUUCAAUUUUAUUGACCAGGGUGAAAUUUUCUUGUGAUAUUUAAAGCAAUGGCCUUAUUCGUGGCUUUGUCUUUACACUGCAAAUAGUUUUAAAAGCAAUGUUUUUUUUCAACAAUGGAAUAUUCUUUUGCCAUUUUAAAUAAAUGCAACUGUCAGUUGA